AUGAGCAUCGUGGACUUACCGCUCACGAGCUUAGGGGCAUUGGAAGUUCAGUCGGUUUCUUUCUCGGACGAGGACAGUGUCGCCACGUAUGUCAAAGGAGAAGUCACAUGGACUCGGCAAGAUAACCUGGACUACGGCUUCGUGGAGGCAUUUGCGGUGUACUUGGCGGAUGAUGCGUCUGGAAGCAAUGAGCUGUUCGUGGCCUCUACCACCUCCAGCCACUCGCAGCUCACCGUUCCCGCAGGGACGCUUGCUGGUGGCCGGUCUUUUGUACUUGUCUACUGCGAGAAUGCACUCGGCCGCGCCACUUCAGCCGCCAGCGUCGCUUUCUCCGACUGGGCUCUCAGCGCGCCGUCGACGACAAGAAUGUUUUCGUCUGCAACAACGACGUCCA